AUGGAUUUUGUUAACUACUACAAAAUAUUGCAGCUGCCUCACACAGCGAAUCAAGAUGAGAUCAAGACGGCUUAUCGACAACUGGCCAAGACGAUGCAUCCAGAUAAGAACCCCGAUGAUAACCAAGCCACUUUAAACUUCCAAAACGUUACGUGUAUACUAAGCAGCUGGAAGCUCAACGAUGCAUACUCUACACUAUCAGACCUAAGAAAACGACGAGUCUAUGACAUAGCUCCACACUGGGUUGAUAGACGUCAAGUAGAGCAGUUCAUUGGGCAGUUCAAGUCUUGCGCAUCAAAAGCCGUGCAACAAGUGAUCAUCCAAAAGAGAAGGAUAGAACAGAAACAAGAAGCUGUACGAGCUCUCGAAGACGAGAUCCUCACAGCGAGGUUCGAAAUGAUCGAGAUAUAUGAGUGCGGGGCUGGGCCGUCAAAUUUGGAACGCACCAAAGAAUACCCUCAGAUCCAGGCGCAAGAGAGAAUUAAGGCUGAACUGGAAGCCGAUCUCAAGGAGGAGGAAGAAAAGCUCGCAAGUCUCGAAAGGCAAGUUCUGGAGUUUAACCUUCGACUCUCAUAUUGGGAAAAUAAGUGGAACGUUUUCUACGGUGAAUCUUAUUCUUAG